UUACCACGGCCCGCCGUGACACUUGCCGCUACGCAUCUCUUCAUCCGGUUGGGGCAACAGGCUUCAACAUGAAUGGUUCAACGUGGAUUUUGGUGUGCAUGGUAGCAAUCGGUGUAGUGGCAGCUGACGUAUCUCAUCUUGGAUAUAACUACAAAGUACCCCAGACGUCUUAUGGAGUACCUUCGUACCAAUCUGCUGGUAGCAAUUAUAACACUGGGUACACACAAAGCUCUGGCUCCGCCGGCUCCUCGGCAGGCUACCAGGGCUUGAGUGCUGGUCAAACCGUGUACCAGGGGCACCAGGGACACCAGGGACACCAGGGGCAUCAGGGCUCUCAAGGUUAUACUGGAUACCAGGUCCAAGGCUCAGCUGGCAACCAGGGUUACUCAGGCUACCAAGGCGUCAAUGCCGCAAGCGGUGCCAGUGGAAUCAGUCAGUACUAUCCAUCAGUAUCAUCAAAUGGAGCAAGCUCAAGCUCUGGAUCUUUUGUACAACCCACUUACCAAGUCAGCGGUGGCAGUCAGGGUCAAUCCUAUCAAUACCAGAAUCAAUACCAAACAUCGCAACAGCAGAAAUAUCAAUAUCAAUUCCAAACACAGCCCGCUCAGAUAUUCAAACACUUCUACGUCCACGAAGCCCCUCAAGAGCCGGAAGAGGCUAAGCCCCGCCAACCCGUGUUGUUGCCUCCCCCACAAAAGCAUUACAAAAUAAUUUUCAUCAAGACACCCUCCCAAGCCGGAGGCGCCUCACAGGUUGUUCCGGUGCAACAACAGAAUGAAGAAAAAACUAUCGUCUACGUUCUGGUCAAGAAGCCCGAAGACUAUCAAGACGUCGUUGUGCCUAAAAUAGAACAGAAACCUCCAUCCAAACCGGAAGUUUACUUCAUUAAAUACAAGAACAAGGAAGAUUCGCAGGCCGUAAUUAACAAUAUCGUCAAGGACUACGACAAAGGACAAAACCUAGUGAGCAUCUCUGGCGCUGACGCUGGUCAGAGCGGCUCCUCCGCCGUGUACACGGGCCAAGUUAACGCUGGAGCUGGUGAAUCUUUCGUCGGCCAUACCGGUUUGACUUCAGGAAGCACAGGAAGCUCAUCCACAGGCUCCUUCGUGAGUCAGGGAGAUGCAAGCUCAAGCGGUGGCUCCGUCGAAUACACAGGACAACAGUUGGUGGGUUCAGCUCAAGGGAUAAGUGACGGUCAGCUAGCAUCCGUCUUUACGUCUGUAGGUCAAAGUGAAAACAUUGGCCAGCAAACUUCAGGACUGGUCUUCGGCAGCGAAUCGUCGGGAGGCCUGAACCUCGCGACGGGCCACGCGACGGGCGCCGGCGUCGUGAGCUCCAGCUACGACUCGUCCGCGUCAUCGACCGCUACUUACGACAACUUGAAUGCGAUUUCUACUAGUCAAGGCGUACCCCACGAAACCUACGGUGUUCCCAAAUUCAAAGAACAUUAGAUAAAUUAUUUAGCUACUUAAUCUUUAAAUCAGCUGUUUGACCAAGGUUUUAUACUUUUUUCCUAAAUGGAAAUAAACAAUCCAUAACAAAAUAAAA